UCGCCCAUAACGGAAAUGACGUCAGCAAGCCGCCGUUUGCUGUCAAGGGCACCGGGCUCCUAACGUUAGCUUAACAAACAGCGGCUACCCACACGUGUGUUUACAAGCGGUCUUUUAAACUCUUACAAUCCUCAAAGGGCUCCUUUUUUUCCCCCACCAUGGACGGGUUCGGUUCGGACUUCUCUGCAGGCGGGGCUGGAGGCAAAAUGGACACGGGCACGAUAAUGGAGCAGGUUAAAGUCCAGAUCGCGGUGGCGAACGCACAGGAACUGCUGCAGAGAAUGACAGACAAGUGCUUCAAGAAGUGUAUAGGAAAACCUGGAAGCACAUUGGACAACUCGGAGCAGAAGUGCAUCGCCAUGUGCAUGGACCGCUACAUGGACUGCUGGAACACGGUUUCCCGGACGUACAACUCCAGAUUACAGAGGGAACGAGCUCGCCUGUGAAAGUCCACCCCUUCCUCCUCCUCCCCCAGAGUCCUUCCCUUUACUGAGCGCUGCUCAUCCCCAGAGGAGUGCACUGACUUCUUAAGGGUUUUUUUUUGUUGUUGUUGUUGAUUUUUCUUCCAAUACCUCCUAAACAGGCUAGCAAAGCCUGUGGACCGCAGCAUAGUAAUGUGAACAAGAUGAAUCGCAGAGCUCCACUACUACUACUAGUUUUGUUUUUUUUAAUGUCAUAAAAAUCUGGUAUUGUGGCUAAGAAAGUAAAGAUACAGUGAUAAUAA